UAAUGGCCGAUGUGUUUAUUUUUCGACACUGAUCGGAAAAUCCUUCAAAAUCCAAUCCAUCUUCGGGAAUAUCCCUUCAAAAAAGUUAAUUUAAAUAAUUAAACACCAUGGCGGACAAGGUCGAUGAGCAAGUCAAGAAGAAGAGGACUUUCAAAAAGUUCACCUACAGAGGAGUAGAUUUGGAUCAACUUCUGGACAUGCCAAAUGAGCAGCUCAUGGAACUCAUGCACUGCCGUGCCAGAAGGCGUUUCAGCCGUGGUCUUAAACGUAAACCGAUGGCACUAGUCAAGAAAUUGAGGAAAGCCAAAAAAGAAGCCCCUCCUCUAGAAAAACCAGAAAUUGUGAAGACUCACCUCCGUAACAUGAUCAUCGUUCCCGAAAUGGUUGGAUCUAUUGUAGGUGUAUACAAUGGGAAAGCCUUCACACAGGUUGAAAUCAAACCUGAAAUGAUUGGUCACUAUUUGGGAGAAUUCUCGCUGACCUACAAACCAGUAAAACACGGUAGGCCUGGUAUUGGUGCCACUCACAGCUCUAGGUUUAUUCCUCUCAAGUAAAUCUCGAUUUUUCUGGAUUGUUUAUAAAUAGGUUUUGUUACAAUGUAUUGAAAUAAAGAUUUUCUGGAGGGAAUUUGCUAUAUUCAUUUUUGUUCUAAUAGUAGUAAUUUAAAAUUAAUACCUA